AAAAGGGCGGGGGCAGGAAAAGAAAACGAACCCAACCAACCAAGCAAGCACCAUUUCAAAUCUAACAGAACCUUCGGAUUACCGGAAAACAUUCCCCAAAAAAAGCGUCUCGAAUUCAACCAUCCUCUCUUUCCCCUCUGUUUGAUAUCAAUUAGGGUUUCCAUCUCCCCUCUCCCUUGGUCUUCCCAUGGGACACAUAUGAGAUCAAAAAUUCCCCCCAAAACAAAUCUCCAAUCUUCAAACUCAAUCCCAUGGGGGCCUGUAUAUCUCUCAACGGCACUCUCCUAAAAAAAACCAAACACAACUCCAAAUCCAAACCCCCCCAACCCUUACCCGAAAGCAUCUCCGAUUCCAAAUCCCGAAACCGAACGACUCGCGUCAUCUCCGUCCUCAAAGACCCCUCGGCCGAAGACAUCUUCAAGAAGUACCGGUUCGGGAACGAGCUGGGGAGAGGGGAGUUCGGGAUCACGUACCAGUGCUGUGACAUUGUAACGGGGGAGAUAUUGGCAUGUAAGACCAUAUCCAAGAGUAAAUUGAAGACGGAGAUAGAUGUGGAGGAUGUGAGGAGGGAGGUGGAGAUAAUGAGGCAUUUGCCUAAGCAUGAGAAUAUAGUGAGGUAUAAGGAUGCGUAUGAGGAUAGAGAGGCGGUGUAUUUGGUGAUGGAGCUGUGUCAAGGUGGUGAGCUUUUUGAUAGGAUUGUGGCCAGAGGGCAUUAUACGGAGAGAGGCGCUGCCACUAUCACCAAAACCAUUCUUGAGGUCGUCAAGGUAUGCCAUGCACAUGGAGUGAUACAUAGAGACUUGAAGCCAGAAAACUUUUUAUAUGCAGAUGCUAGCGAGAAUUCUCGAUUGAAGGCUAUUGAUUUUGGCCUCUCCAUCUUCUUUGAGCCUGGUCAGAGAUUCGGGGAAAUAGUAGGGAGCCCAUACUACAUGGCACCGGAAGUCCUAAGAAGGAAUUAUGGACCAGAAGUAGAUAUAUGGAGUGCUGGUGUUAUUCUUUACAUCUUACUCUGUGGUGUUCCUCCUUUUUGGGCUGAAACAGAAGAAGGAAUAGCGCAGGCAAUAGUAAAGUGUGAAAUAGACUUUAAGAGGGAUCCUUGGCCUAAAGUUUCAGAGGAUGCUAAGGAAUUGGUGAAGGGUAUGCUCGACCCUAACCCUUACAACCGAAUGACUGUUGAAGAAGCACUUGAACACCGCUGGAUACAUAAUGCCCAUCAGGUCCCCAAUGUUCCUUUGGGAGAAAAUGUGAGAACAAGAAUCAAGCAAUUCUCAUUGAUGAACAAGUUCAAGAGGAAAGUCCUCAGAGUAGUAGCUGACAAUUUGCCACAAGAAGAAGUAGCAGGGAUAAAACAGAUGUUCCAUAUGAUGGACACUGACAAAAAUGGAAACUUGACUUUUGAAGAGCUCAAAGAUGGCCUCCAGAUGAUUGGCCAACCCGUUGCUGAUCCUGAUGUCCGGAUGUUAAUGGAUGCUGCUGAUAUUGACGGGAAUGGGACGCUGAAUUGCGAGGAGUUUGUGACAAUGUCGGUUCACCUGAAAAAAAUUGGGAGUGGUGAUGAGCAGCUGCGUCAAGCUUUCCGCUACUUUGACAAGAAUGACAAUGGCUACAUUGAGAUUGAAGAGCUCAAGGAAGGUUUGUUAGAGGACAACCUUGGCCCCAACAAUGACCAAGUCAUCCAAGACAUCAUUUUUGAUGUUGACUUAGAUAAGGAUGGUCGGGUAAGUUAUAAAGAGUUUGAGGCAAUGAUGACAACCGGUGUGGAGUGGAGGAUGGCUUCUCGCCAAUACUCUAGAGCAAUGCUAAAUGCACUCAGCCAAAGAAUGUUCAAAGAAAACUCUUUGCAUUUGAAAAAUUAAAAAUAAAAAAUAGAAGGAAAAAAAUCUUUGUUCAUUAAAUGUAUAUGUAAUUCAAAUUAAGAGCUUCCUCAGCGAUUGAUCUCUCUUUUUUUAUACUCAAAAACAAUAUAUACAUAAUGAUAUAUGUUGUAUGUAUAUGUUUGACUCGAGCGGUGUAGCUCUCAUAAUAUUUUUGGAAUUGGAGAAAAAAGACCGAAAAGAAAGGGUUGAAAACCAUGAAAUUAGGUUAAUUAAGCAUCUGUUUUGAGUCUUGACAAUGAAAUUAAAAGAAUUUUUUGAACAAAUUUUUGUUCGAACUGUGAAUUUUGUGGCUUGAAAUGUUGAUGUGAAUGAAGUGAAGGUUUUCUUGUACUGCAAUGUUUACAUGUUUAGAGGCAUUGUUUGGUAUUAGUUCUAUUAAUGGCUUGGCAAGCCCGCCCACAUGCCUCGAGUACAAUGCAUUACAUUCAUAUAUUUAAGCCAUACAUGUACACAUAAUUUUUUAUCUUAGGCCAAACUAUAAUUCUCAUUCCAAGCAACCCAAAAGGUAAAUGUGCUCAAAAUCUUAACUCAGCCCUAUCCUAUGAGUCAAAUAUAUAUUUUGAACCCUAAAAAUAUCAUACUGAACUGGGCAGGCCACCGGACCCAUACCCAGCCCUAGAUCAAGUAGGCUCCAAUUUUCGGAACACGUCUAAAGCCAUAGCUUUAACAUAGACGUGAUGCCUCACGAGGCUGUUCAUGAAGCUUACUUCACAAUCCCUCAUGAGGUAAAUAAAUUUAGAAAGAAAUCCAUUAGAUAACAUCCUCCAUUGUACAUUUCAAGAAGCUAUAUUUCAACCCUGAGCAAACCACAGGCAAAGAGACAAAAUGAGAGUAUAUUUGCAUUUGCCUCUGGAGGCAACAAUCAUCCGCCGAACAUACUAAGAUCAGUCCCAAUACAAGUCCAAGAACAUCGAGCUGUAAAUUGAUUCAUUAAAUAGUAGGUAGAAAGUAGAAACUAUAUACAUUGAAUUGUAUUACGAUACUCCCACACACACGCAACAACACAAACAUGGCUGCUUGUUCUUCAUCUUCUUUUAUCAUCUCUUUGCUCUUAUCCUAUCAACAGCAUUAG